AUGGAAAAUUUAUUUGUUACAUUAAAUGAUUUACCAGAUGAAAUUCUUUUGAUAAUUUUUACAAAAUUAAAGAACGUUUCACUACUCUACUCUUUAGUAGGUGUUAACAAACGACUCAACACAAUUGUACGUGAUCCAAUUUUUACAAGUCAUUUAACAUUCAUGAGAUGUUUGUUAGAUGAUUCCAUAUACCCCUUACCUGAUUCAACGCUUGAUCGAUUUUGUUCACAAAUUUUACCGGUAAUUCAUUGUCAAAUCAAAUGGCUUGAUCUUGAAUCAUCAUCUAUGAAACGUAUACUUCGUGCUGUAAAUUAUCCAAAUAUAUAUGGACUUGGUUUAUUUGACAUUGACUUAGAAACAGCUCAAUUCCUCUUUGUUGAAUUGCAUGUCUCUUUGGGAAAAUUCAUCGACUGUCUUUAUAUACUUGAUGGACGUUUCAAUCAACUUCGCACAUUUCAUGUUAAUAUUUCUCGCAUUUCCGUUUGUGGUCGAAAACUUAAUAAUAAGGAAAAACUACCUAAUUUAAGAUGUUUUUCGCUACACUCUUAUAUAUUUACAGAUGCUUAUGAUGAAUUAAUUAUACCACUUCUAUAUCGAAUGUCAAAUUUAGAAGAACUCGAUUUAAAUCUUUCUCUUUCUAUGAAAAAAGCAUUUGUUGAUGGAAAUGAUUUGAAGAAAAAUAUUAUCAAUCAUAUGUUACGAUUAGACAAAUUUACAUUUAAUAUUCGUUCAGUUCUUCAUCUUCAUAAUGAAAUUAAUUUACCAUCAAAUGAAGAUAUACAAAAUACAUUUCGUGAUUUUAAAAAUAACCAUAUAAUUUCUUGCCUCGAUUAUUUUCAAGAACAACAAAGUAGCCAGUGUCUUAUUUAUUCAUAUCCAUAUACAUCAAAAUUUUAUAAGUAUAUAACAAAUAAUUUUUCAGGUGGAUUAUUCAAAUGUGUUCGUGAAAUAUCAUUAUUUGAUGUACAUCCUUUUGAACAUGAAUUUUUCCUUCGAAUUUCUCAAUCAUUUCCAUUUAUGCAAAAAUUGGCUUUACGCAAUUAUAAACCACAAAAUAACAAAUUAUGUAAAGAAUCAAAAAAUGACAAUCAAGAUUUAUCCAUCAUUAAAUAUCCUCAUCUUACUAAUCUUACACUUAGUAGAUCUCAUGAUGAUUAUGUUGAACAAUUUCUACUUGAUACGAAAACAUGUUUACCGAAUAAUGUUCAUCUUAACGUCACUUAUCAAACCUUGGAAAGGGUGACACAUAAUUUUACAAGAGAUGCAACACGAAUCAAUUGUCAAAAACUGAAGUCUUUAUCUAUAGAUCCUAUUCGAAUAUUUAAACAUGUCAAAAACUAUUUUCCUCAUACAGAAAUAUUCUGA